AUGUUCUUUUCCAUUCGCCCCUACCAGCCGGCCUCAGUCCCUCGGUUCGGCCAGCCUCAGCUCGCUCCAGCCCCCUUGAAAAUGUACGAAACCAACAUGCUGGCCACACUCAGCUUCCUCUACAAUUCGCUGCCAAGCUCUUGGCUCUUCUCGCAGACCAAUGCUCCAAGUACCCCUCCACUACCACCAGCUCUGGACAGUUUGGGUCCCGACCGAUACGGGCCUCCCGACUCGUGGUCGUGGGAGGCGAUCAAACCACCCAAUCCGGCCUCCUGGAGUUGUCCGGACCCCAGCCAGGCUACACUCUGCACCAACUUGUUCGACGAGAAUAAGCUCGCAAUCUCAUCGCCCGAAGCUAUACCUCUUCCGUUCCAAAUGAACUCAACCCUCAUCGACAGGUCGUUGGAAUGUCAAAGUACUGCCAGAUCAAGCCAAAUUUCUGAGUUGCUGAGUUCAGCGGACUUGGGUCAACUGACGUCGGAACAGACGACGAAUCCUUUCGACGUGAGAAACUCGUCCGCAGACGAUCUGCUUGCCGUUUCUGAGGGAAGGAGCAAAAAUAGGAACAAAUCCACGCAGAACCAGUAUUCGGUCAAUUUCCUCCUUUCGACCAGCGUCUUGUGA